AUGUCCCGUCGCAUCGACAUAUCGUCUCUCCUUUGCGACGAUCCACCGGCAAAGGAGCCUUCUCAUGAUCCACCCCGUCUCUCAGACCCAGGACCACCCAUUGUCGCUGAGCCCGUCAAACUGGCACCACAUUUGAUCCAUUCCGCCUCUCGAUAUGAACGCCCUCCCUCUGCUCCAGUCUCCCGUUCCCCCGCGGAGCAACCGCUCGACACUCUCGCGCGCGCUGCCGCCCUAGCAGAAAAGCAAUCCCAACAUCGAUCCCGCGAACAACAUCGAGAGUCCAGUUAUGCUCCGACCCUCAGUUCUGUCGAUGACCAUCACCGUCUCAGGUCGCUUCCUCCGUAUUCUCAGAUGGGACCCCCGCCGUCACAAAACCAUCCACCACAGCAUGCUCGCAUGCUACUGCAUUCUCAUUCACCGCCAGCUCACCGUUCUCCGACACAGACGUCCCAGCUACCGCGGCAUCACGAGCACAUUCUUAAUCCUCAGACAGCCUCCCAGCGCCCGCUUUGGGACCGAGACCGUGAGCCUUCUCAGAACAUUGACGUGACUCACCCUCCCGUUGACUUGCGCGACUUGCGCCCUGGGCGCAAGUCAGAUCCGGGCCAGAUGCUCCGACCCGUUACUACGAGCCCCUCGCCGUUCCAGUCUCCUUCGCACAUCCUCCACUCGCACGCUGAGCCUCCGAACAAGAAACGGCGUUAUUCCGAUUCCCCUGGCCCACCGGCGGCACUUGCUCUCGAGCCUUUCCAGGAACCCACGAUGUCCCUUCGGCGGACGGGUGAAAGAAGCAUUCUCAAUCCUGUGCACGAUCCCGGCCGUGUCGAUCCUCCGCCGACCUCUUCCCAUAUCCGUUCCCCUCGCCCAGCUACUCCUCAUGACAUCGCCCAACAUGGACUUUCCCAUCGUCACCGUGUGACCGAUGCGGGGACAGAGCGGCUCGGGCCAUACGGACCGCAGGAUGUCGGCACUCACGGCCCCCCGGUUAUCCCCGCCAGAAGGUCGCCGCCUGGAAGCCUAAUGGGACGAGCCAAAGCUGCUGCGCGGAUGACUGGACCGGAAGAGCCAGCAGAAGUGGCUGCUCCGGAUCGGAGGGAAGGAUACAAUACCAUCAUACACCUUCCCGAACGCCCUCCCGAGGAUUACAUCGUAGAGGAAAAGGUCAUAGAGGAACGGAGACUGCGCAAAGCUCGCUCGCUCGCAUCUCGCAUGGCCGCAGUGGACCAUUCGCCUGUACCUGGCUCGAGCCGCCAUGCUGAGAUCCACCUGUCUCCACCGCCAGGGCAAUCGAUAGAGAGUCGUGCGCAGGGCACUGGCCCACCCCACCGUCGGCCGCUGCCGCCCCAGUCGCCGUCCCUGGUCCGACAGUCUAAGGAAGAAGAUGCACAUGAAUGGCUUUUGGAGCACUUUGCUGAUCCCACUCCCCCGGAUAUGGGUAGCGACGCUAAAACCAUUGUUGCGAAAUCCAAGGCAGAUGGCAUCUUCUCGCCGACAGCUUCAUUGCCCAAGCCUAGGCCUGCUCCUUCCCACGUGGUUAAAAGCCAAAGUCAAAGCCCGAUACAAGGCACAAGCGCAUCUCCGCCAAAACUUGCUGGACCCACCACCAUGCCUGAGGCUGCUGUCGCUCUCGAGCAAGAAUUUACUCCACUGCGCCGAUCGGAUUCCGUAAAAUCCGAGCCCAAAGAAAAGAAGGAAGAGGCUAUGGAUGUUGACUCGGUGGUGGCUGAGUUGGUCGGGGAAGGGCAGUCACCAGGAGAACCAGAACGAACCCAAUCCGAACCCGAACAACCCGUGAUCCAAAUGGAAAUCGACGUGGAAGACGAGUUGCUCAGUCUCAUUGACGACAAACCCAUUCGACACGCACCCAAAUCCGUGCCGAAAGUCCCGAGUGCUGAGACGGCAGGAUCGCGCCAUGUCUCGCCGAUGGCGGUGUCACCCUCACCACCCUCUUUCGUUUCGCCUGCUCCCAGCGGGGUUCUUGCGUCUUCCAUCGUCUCUGAGCGUGAAUCCAUGCCACCUCCGGUAUCGUUCACCCAUCCCAAAACCACCGAAGGGCUGGAGAGGAAGAGCUCGAAUGACAUGGUGGCUACCAAGUCGGCGCUGAAGUCCAAAGGGGCAGCCACGAAACAUAGAGCGAAGGCAGUGCCCAAGCCCAAGGCUGCCAAGGCCUCCGAUGCCAGUGGAUCGAUUGCUGCGUCGGCAUCUCGAUCUCGGUCAGCUUCAGUCUUGCCAGGAGGCUCUGUUGGCCCCGAGGGCUCAGUCAAGCCGGAAGACGAGGACGAGGACGUGCUGGCGACUGAUGACGACAAACUAUAUUGUGUUUGCAAGACUACUUAUGACGAGGAUAAAUUCAUGAUUGCGUGCGACGAGUGGUAUCACACCUCAUGUGUAGAAAUGCCAGACUUGGUCGUGGAUCUGGUGGAUCAGUUCUUCUGUCCUGUCUGUAUUGAGAAAAACCCUCAACUUUCGCUCAAGACGACUUACAAGCCUCGCUGCCGUUAUGGACUUGAUCAUGCAAAUCCAGAUUCCCCCAAUGCUUGUCACAAGCCCGCGCAGGGCGCAUUUUCUAAAUACUGCUCCACGGAGUGUGGAGUCAAGAACUUGCACAAGCGGAUCGAGACAUUUACCAAGAAUGGGGGCAAGAAGGAGGCUCUCUGGGAAAGCGUCAAGCUUGCGGAACGGCGCGAGGCGGUGGUGAUCAUUCACGAGGAACAAGAAGAAGACGGAAAACUGACAACCGUCUCGCGCGUCAAAACCUCUGGGGGUAAAAAAGAUCGCGAUGUCGCCAAUCUGGAAAGCGUUCUGGAGGAGCUUGUGGUUCUCCGCGAAGGGCUUCGCCACAAAUUGGACAUUGUUCUCUGGCGCGAGCGCUUGCUAGAGAGUGCCAAAGAGCGAGCAGAUCAAGUUGAGCAAUGCGGCUGGGACCAACGGAUCUUGAUGGAUGAAGACGAAUGGACUGAACCUGGGGCGGCGGAGUAUGCUCAAGCCAUCCUCGAUACCUACGACGACAAGGACAGCAAUUCAAUGCAGGUUGACGAGGCUUGGUGGUGCGCUGGAAACUUCAGAUGUGAUCGGCAUGAAGGUUGGCAGACCAUCCGAGCCCUCGACAUCAUCAAGGAAAAGGAGAAGACGGAGGAGGCUCUCAACCGGCUUACGACGAAAGAACGCGAGCUCCGGAAGCGGAUUGAAGACAUCGUCGAGCCAUUCAACCGGUCCUGUACCAAUCCGUUCUCUGCUUCGCCACUGAAACCGUCCAAACUUACGAACGGCAACUCCAAAUCUAAAUCCGCUGCGGACAAUAAGAAGACUAAGAAGAGGAAGAACGUGCCUUGA